AUGACAAGCUACUUCGCUGCUUCUAGCCUCCCAGCCGAAGCGUCAAAUGCAAUAUCUCCCCCGGGCGGCGCCAAUGUCGCUCCGCGCUCAACAGCGCUUUCCAACAGAUUGACAAGUGUACUUUCCGCAUCGUACGCCGACUCGGACAUUCGAGAUGCAUUGGAGACACUCGACAAGAGGGGGAUAAACAAUACGGCGGAACAAAGGCGACAACUACGGUUGGAUAUUCAAAAGGAAGUUUUGGAUUGUAAUGGGGAAAUUGUGGCGGAUUUUGGGAAGGUGGCAGAGCAACUGAAUCGGAUCGGCACGGUGAUCUCAAAUCUUCAGCAGACAUGUGCCGAAAUGCGAAAACACAUUACACUCGCGAAACAAGAGACGGCCCCCGUGCUAGACGAAGCAUCAUCAUUACUAGAACAGAAAAAAGAUGCAGAGACAAAACAACGUCUGCUCGAUGCGUUCACGGCACACUUCAUCGUACCAGAAGAAGACAUCAACGCACUCACGCUAUCCGAAGAACCAGUUGACAGCCAUUUCUUCACUGUCUUGUCCCGCGUCAAACAGGUACACAAUGACUGCCAGGUCCUACUCGGUGGAGAAAACCAGAGACUCGGCCUCGAAAUCAUGGAACAAAGCUCGAAACAGCUCAACAUGGCGUACCAGAAACUAUACAAAUGGAUUCAAAAGGAGUUCAAAUCGUUGGAUCUGGAGGAUCCGCAAAUCAACGGCUCAAUCAGACAGGCGCUGAGAGUGCUUGCAGAGCGACCUAGUUUGUUUCACAGUUGUCUGGAUUUCUUCGCCGAAGCUAGGGAAUAUAUCUUGUCCGAUGCAUUCCAUUACGCGCUGACUGAUGCUGCCUCUGGGUCUGUUGGGGAGCGAAAUGUCAAGCCAAUUGAGUUCUCGGCGCAUGAUCCUUUACGAUACGUGGGGGAUAUGUUGGCUUGGGUGCAUUCCGCGGCAGUUUCGGAACGAGAAGCCCUUGAAGCGUUGUUUGUAUAUGACGGAGAAGAGCUUGCGCGAGGAUUCCAGGCUGGUAUUAGCAGCGAGCCAUGGUCCCGGGUGGACGGUGAAGGAGAAGAAGCGGCCGUAUUUGAUGGGCAGAAAGCGCUGAAUGAUUUGGUUAAUCGUGAUCUUACUGGCGUGUCGCGGUCCUUGCGCCAGCGAGUCGAGCUAGUGAUUCAAGGCCAUGAUGAUGCGGUGACUACCUACCGUGUAGUCAACUUGCUAGCGUUCUAUAAACUCACAUUCUCAAAGCUGGUUGGUCCGGAGUCAAAUCUUGUAGAAGUGAUUGCCGGUCUUGUCGAAUUCACAUUCAAACAUUUCGAGGGAUUGAUGAAAGACCAGCUACACAUGCAUUCUGCAGACUCUCACUCAUCGUCACCACCGGAUGAUCUCUCGGCACCUCAAUUCCUCGCCGAUCAGUUGGAGCUCCUAACAUCGUUGAUGAAAGAGUACAACGCCUCAGUGGGCGCAGCAAGCGAUAUAGAAGAUUCGGAAGAAAACGGAUUCACUCCUGUGCUUCGAGUUGCGCUUGAUCCGUUCCUCGAUAUCUCAAAGAACUCCGCACAGGAGGUUAGCGAUCAUAAAGCGUCGACCAUCUACAAGACCAAUAUCCUGCUCGCUGUCCGGGGAGCCAUAUCGCCGUAUAAAUUCGCAUCAGCGACUCAUCUAGCUCCAAUUUCCAAUGUCUUGUCCAAUCUCCGCAUCGAAUUGCUAGACAUACAACGACAAUACCUCCUCGAAACAUCCGGCCUCCAACAACUCCUAACCGCAUUAGAAUCCUUCUCUCCACCAUCAACCUCCACAAACAAAUACCAAGCCGAAUCCUCCAACGCACACAAUCCAAACCUCAAUAUCGCCGAAAUCGCCGACCUCCCCGCCUUCCAACCCUCGGCUUUAUCAACGAUAAGCCAACAACUCGACGACUUUUUGCCGUCGGCACUAAUGGACGCAACUGACAAUCUGAAACAAAUCCGCAGCUCGGCGCUUGUCAAGAGCGUAACGGAAGAAGCGAUUGAGGAAUUCUGUCGCGACUUUGAGUUUGUAGAGGGUAUGAUUAUAGGCGCCGAUGAGGCGAGGGGCACGAAGAUUGACAUGUCGCGGAUUGAGAUGGAGAGUAAUAUCGUCUCUGUAUCUGUUAGAGGGCAUCAAUUCGGGGGCGGUGAUGAGAGUGAGGGGAAGUAUAGUCUACGGGCGUUGUUCCCUAGGACCGUGGGCGAGAUUCGUGUUCUCUUGAGUUGA